UCUCCUUCUUGUGGCUGUGAGUUCAUCUUCAUCAUCAUCUUCUUCAUCAGCUCGAUGGACGAAUUUCACAUUGAUUGAUUUUGUUGUUUCUUUGGAAUGUCUGCAUUCACUGCUUCAACUUCUGUCACCGCUUCUUUAUCCAGCAGGUCCACCUUCAUCAAGAAACCCAGUUUCAAUUGCAAUUAUGAGCUCUCCUCAAAACACAAUUCCUUUCUCAGAGGACACUUCCAUUUCCAUACCAAUAAACAACUCCAUCCUUCUCCCCGCCAUCAUCAUCAUCAUCGUGCAGGGAGUUUAGUAGUUUCACCAAGCUGUGUCCUACCACUAACUGAGGAGAAUGUGGAAAAAGUUUUGGAUGAAGUUAGACCAGGUCUUAUGGCAGAUGGAGGAAAUGUGGCUUUACAUGAAAUUGAUGGUCUUGUGGUGGUUCUCAAGUUACAAGGGGCAUGUGGGUCUUGUCCUAGCUCAACCAUGACACUCAAGAUGGGAAUAGAGACUAAGCUACGCGAUAAGAUUCCCGAGAUUCUUGAAGUUGAGCAGAUUCUCGACACAGAAACUGGCCUCGAACUAAAUCAUGACAAUAUCGAAAAGGUUUUAUCGGAGAUAAGACCAUACCUUGCUGGAACAGGUGGGGGUGUUCUUGAGCUUGUUGAAAUAAAAGAGUUGAAUGUUGUUAUAGUCCGUUUGAGUGGACCAGCAGCUGGAGUAAUGACUGUGCGUGUGGCUUUAACUCAGAAGCUUAGAGAAAAGAUACCUUCCAUUGUUGCUGUUCAGUUGAUAGAAUGAAUAUGAUUCUUCAUAUAAAAAAAAUCCCACAUCUUGUCUCUCUGUCUGUGUAUUUUACAUGACAUAAUAAUAUUUUUGUACUCAGGUCAAAGAAUUUGCAUCUACUUUUGAUGUUUAUUUGUUCCUUGAUUUGUUGAACAAUUUAAGUACAUGUAACUACUGAGUUAAUAAUUACAAUGGUAUGGUAUGAGAUA